ACUCCACUUGACGAGAAUGUUACAGUCAGUUCAGUUACUCCAUUUGACGAGAAUGUUACAGUCAGUUCAGUUACUCCACUUGACGAGAAUGUUACAGUCAGUUCAGUUACUCCACUUGACGAGAAUGUUACAGUCAGUUCAGUUACUCCACUUGACGAGAAUGUUACAGUCAGUUCAGUUACUCCACUUGACGAGAAUGUUACAGUCAGUUCAGUUACUCCACUUGACGAGAAUGUUACAGUCAGUUCAGUUACUCCACUUGACGAGAAUGUUACAGUCAGUUCAGUUACUCCACUUGACGAGAAUGUUACAGUCAGUUCAGUUACUCCACUUGACGAGAAUGUUACAGUCAGUUCAGUUACUCCACUUGACGAGAAUGUUACAGUCAGUUCAGUCACUCCGAGUGAUGAGAAUAUAACAGUCAGCUCAAGAACUCCAGGUGAUGAUGUACAAGUAAAUGUAACUUCAGCAGGUUUUAAUGAAACCUCUUCCCCUAGUGUUGGUAACGUUACGGAUCUCACCUCAGCAGUUACUCUGUUGAGUACAAUAAAUACCACGACAGAACCUGGAGUUAUUGUUGAAUCGGUUGGCAGUGAUAAAUCCAACGCUACUUUUAGCAGGGAUUAUUUGACAACAGAAGUAACGGACAACCAGACAGAUACUACGAAAAUAACGGCAGCAGCAACAGCAGGGAAAUUAACAACAGUGACUACCAUGCAAAUACUGACCAAGGCCUGGGAACGAACAACAAAACAACCUAAAACGACAACAACGGCUUCGCUCCUAACGAAGGAAUGGGAGAGGAUCACACCUCAUGACUACACGAAAAGGACGUACAGAGUUGAAAAUACGACAUCUGUUGUGUCAGAGAACGUCACCACAGAAAGGCAAGAGAAUGACACGAGUAUUUCCACCACAGAUUUUGUUACCCCAGACACUGCAAACUUCACGUCAUACUCUGAAAAUAGAACAGAGCCCACAACAGAAACCUUUACAACGUCUGGAGUAGUAAAUUUUACAACUACAGUGGUGGUAGAAAACGUUACAGCCUUUGAUUCAGAGAAUGCUACAAUACCCAAGACAGAAAUCUCCACAACUAUGGAGGUAGACAGUCCUUCACUGGCGUUCGAAAAUGUGACAGAAGAAGCCAUUGAGAGUUCAACAUCGGAUCAACCACCCCCACCCACAAAGAAACGGGAACAAGAAAUAUCUACAGACUCAACGUUAGGUGUGGCAACUAAGGAAUGGGAGAGGGUGACCACUCAAUCAACUACAGGUGUUCCAACUAAGGAGUGGGAGAAAGUCGAUCUUACCACAGUACCUGAAGACACAGAACGGGUAACCAAGGACUGGGAAAAGGCAGCAACAUCUACUGAUUUAACCCCAGGUGUUCCAACAAAGGAAUGGGAAAAGAUGACAACUCAAGGCACACCAAGCGUGGCUACCAAAGAGUGGGAGAGAACGUCCACCCAAACUCCCACAGCUGUUCCCACCAAAGAAUGGGAGAAAUCAUCCACCCAAGCUUCCACUGCCGUCCCCACCAAAGAAUGGGAGAAAUCAUCCACCCAAGCUUCCCCUGCCGUCCCCACCAAAGAAUGGGAGAAAUCUUCUGCCCAAGCUUCCCCUGCCGUCCCCACCAAAGAAUGGGAGAAAUCUUCCACCCAAGCUUCCACUGCCGUCCCCACCAAAGAAUGGGAGAAGAUCUCCACUGAAGUCACCUCAGCCGCUGCCACUGAAGUAUCGGAAAAACUAUCUUCUGGAGCAACCUCCAUCGUUCCCACUAAGGAGUGGGAGAAAAUGGGCGUUUCCACGACACCUUCGGCAACUACCCAAGACACAGGCCUGGUAACAAAGGAAUGGGAAAAGAGGACCUCAGUCGUCGCCACAAAGGAUUGGGAGAAAGUUGAUUUAUCAACUGAACCUCCGGCAACCACUAAAGACACGUCCGAUUCGACAGACAGGGUCACUGAAGUGACUUCUGAAGUACCAAAACUCAAAAUAGAAACGCAUGCUGUAGUCCAGGCGACUGUUAGACCCGAUGUUGGUCAUGAUAACGAGACAAUGGCAUCGACGGAUGAGCCAUCCACACCAAGGAAGAUGGACACAAGCAUCGCACCCACGGAGGAAGACGACCAAGAAAAGACUAUAGGAGUAGAGACAUACGUACCCGCCAGCGCUACCCCGCAAGUUGAAUCUUCUGUUGCUCCCCCAGACGACACGGAAAGACCUAAAAAUGCUUCAGAUUUGCCUGGAAUUCGCGUGGAAACACAUAUGGUGGAAUCAGUGACGCUUCAGCCUAUUUAUAAUAUGACGACUGGCCGUGACAGUAGUGAAGGGGACAGUGCAAGUACAGGCGCUCCGGGACUGGACGAAUCAGCAACACCCAUACAGAGAAUCUCUGACAUAACCACGGAUGAUAUCACCAGUGAUUCCUCGUCAUCAAGCUCGGACGUGCCUAGUUCUGACCAAACAACUUCACCCACUCCACUCGCAAACAAGACUGUUGCAUCAACCUCAUUUCCUGAUGCAACCAUUUAUAACUUAACGACAGUGCCCACUUACGAAACAAAUGAAAAUACCACGACAUCUCAAGAAGUUGGGCCUGAGACAUUCACACUAAAUUUAGAAACCCAUGGCGUAGAAUUGAUCACUCUGAAACCUCAAGAAGAGGAGGAAGCUGUAUCUUCUGAAAUUGAAACAUCAGGGAGUCCCUUACAAACAUCCACAGCCGUGGGCACACCAACAUCGUCACUCGUUACUGAGAGCACUUCGGAUAUCAGUAGUCCCAGCACACAUGUCCCUGGCCCUGAGAUCAAAAACAUCUCUAUUGACCUAGAAACCCAUGGAGUUCAAACACUGACCUUGAAGCCUCACGAAGAGAAAACUACUACUACUUCUAGUCCAGACGCCAGUGUCAUAGAUACGGACAUUCCGGGGUACAACACAACAGUUGUGCCAGCAGCUACGUUCACAGAUACUGUCUCCGAAAAUACAACGGAUGUCUACGACAGAGUAACGAUCAGUGAGAUCUCUAACACAACACUGGACGCACCACAGCAGCCCAGUGUAGGUGUCCAUUCAACUGAAAUUCCAGCUACAACAGACUCAACCGAGAUACCGAUGAUACAGGUGAAAACUCACCAGGUAGAAGAAGUCACUUUAAAACCCCACACAGCGUCGACCGAAAUUCCUACUUCUGACUCUGGAAUUAUCAGGCUGGAGACGCACGCUGUAGAAGACGUGACACUACCGCCAGCAUUUUCAACGUCCCCUGAAGAUACCGAAACAUCUACAGUAAAUACCGAAGACUGGUCUAGCACUGAAGAAAUUCUUCUCAAGGUGGAAACGGAUAGCGUUGUCGAAGUCACUGUGAAACCUCAUACGGAUGCCGCUACGACUGAGCCAGACAGACAAACGUCUGACGACGUGACUGUUUCCACAUUAUCCCCUGACAAUGUGACCUUUUCCACUUCAUCCCCUGACAAUGUGACCUUUUCCACUUCAUCCCCUGACAAUGUGACCUUUUCCACUUUAUCCCCUGACAACGAGACCUUUUCCACUUUAUCUCUUGAUAAUGUGACAUUUGACACAGUGUCCCCUGGAAAUGUCACCUUUGACACAGUAUCCCCUGACAACUUGACCUUUUCAACAGCGUACACUGACAAUGUGACCUUAACCUCAGUGGCCCCAGACAACGCAACCUUUUCUACAGUGUCGCCGGACAACGUGACCUUUGACACAGUGUCCCCUGACAACGUGACCUUUGACACAGUGUCCCCUGACAACGUGACCUUUUCUACAAUGUCGCCUGGUAACGUGACCUUUGACACAGUAACCCCUGGCAACGUAACAUUUUCCACAUUACCCCCUGACAACGUGACCUUUGACACGGUAACCCCUGACAACUUAACAUUUUCCACAUUACCCCCUGAAAAUGCGACGUUUGACACAGUAUCCCGUGACAAUGUGACCUUUGACACAGUGUCCGUAGACAACGUGACCAUUUCAACAGCAUCCCCUGGCAAUGUGACUUUUGACACUGAUUUCUCUGACUAUUCAACGACAAGCACACCAGACCCAGACAGAGUAACCUCUGACACAUCGGCUAGCCUUGAUAAUGCCACGUCUGCCCGCGACAAUGUAACGUUUUAUACAUCAACCCCUGGACCUCUGACCCCUGAGAACGUGACCUCUCGUUCGUUGACCUCUAAUACUGAAACAAAGUUUUCAAACACCCCCAUUCCCACCGAGCCAUCAACUCCGGAAGGACCUCGGAUCGGGGUCGAGACCCACCAAGUCGAAGAAGUGACGGUGAGAGCUCAUACUCAAACUACUUUGAGCACUACUGCAGCUACGACUGCGCUGACUUCUACAACAGAACGCGGGAGCAUGGCACAGGGAACACUUUCAAACACAACGUCAACGGCCGGUGGACUUAUUGGGGUGGAGACCCACCAGGUUCACGAAGUGAGCGUCAAACCGCACGUGCAAAUAGAGUUGAACGAUACAGAUAGUACGACGACUGACAGCACGCCUAGCGCGACUGAGAAAUUGAUUGUGGCAAAGACACAUCACGUCGAGGAGGUGACCCUGCAGCCUCACACGACGGCAGGCGAGCACAUGACGACACAAACAGCACAGAUUACAACAGGAGCAAGUGGGGAAUCUAGUGUGUCCACCACCACUGGAUCAACUGUAGAAAAAGAGAAUUUUACUGCGUCUACAAACGCGACGGUGAGUAACAAGACGGAGGGUGUUGCAUCGACUACGGAAGAUCCAAAUAUUUUCAGCUCCAGUUUAGAAACAGUGGUUUCUUGGUUCCAUAACACGUUGUCGACUGUGUCUCCAGAAGAGCAUUCCGUUGAAAAUGCCACUACUCCGAGUUCAAACACCACAAGAGAAACAAAUGACACAACUCAAACCACCGCACCACCAUUUUCUGAUGAGCAAAACUCAACAACAAAACCAACACCUAUCACCACCCAGCAACCAACCAACAUAUUCUCCACUAUAUCCACCCUUAUCUACAACACCGUCUCAACUAUUCUGGAAGAAGACUCAACAACUUCUACAACUCCUUCUACUGCCACAACAGCUGCACCAACUGUCACAAAAGAAGACUCGGACGCUAACAAGACAUCGGGAGGAGGGUCAAUUGGAUACGAGACAAAGAAACCAGCAAUUAUAGCGGCCAUCAAAGUCACCACUCGCAGAGAUGGUGAGAAAACGGUUCGCUGGCACGGCAAGUCAACACCUCGGAAAACAUCCAUCUUAGAAACACUGGCACCGUCCAAAGACAAAAAAACAGAAAGUCCCGAAGUUAGCGCGCCUGUUACACCUGCUCCCACAAAGUUGUGGUACACUACUACCACUAAAGAUGGCGUUGUCGCGAAAACUACAGAUAUGACGACUCCACAGGUUCUUACCAAAUGGCCCAUGAGCACGAAGAGUACCAAAAGGCCACCCAUUUACCGAGGACCCCCAAGAGGGGUCAUUAUCCUUUCCCCGAACAAAAUGGUGGCGUAUCCUUCUGCCACCCUGCCGCCAAUUGUCUAUGUUCCCAUUAAGCGUCCGGACGGCUCUGUGACGCUUGUGCCUGGAAUACUUGUGCCUGACAGAGGAGUUACGGGGCGUCCUUUCGUCACCGGUAUACCAAACAACAAAGACGUAUUUUAUUACACCGGAAAACCUGGUCCUGACGGGGGAGUGCAUCUGUACCGAGUCACGAAGAAAACUCUGUCCGAAGGCACGGUAGAGGAGAGGCCGGGAGGGGAGACAGAAGUGAUUAAGGUGUACCCGAAGGGAGGUGUGCCUCUAGGGGACGACGGGAAGGAGCCUGACCCGACCCACGUCAAACUGACCGUCUACAAAGUGGUCAAAAAUGUCAUGGAGGUCAGUAACAACACAGCUCUCGAGGCGUACGUUCGAGCCAGGAUAAUGCUUCGUAAGACGCUGAAACAGCUGGCCAACUUGUGGAAACAGUGUGUAAAGGGCGUGGUUGAGGUGGUCUAUGUCCCCAGUAAACAAGGCAUUGCUGAUUACAGCGCUAAACUGACGGUCGCUUACAAAAACAUACAGAAGGCUUACGUAUACGGUUGCAAUGUAUUACGUAAAACGUACGAAACAACCUCACUAAAGCUAGCGGACUAUUUCAACUGUGUAUCGAAUAAAUACAAAACGACGAAUAAUUACUAUUACGACAUUUUAGAGGGAGCCAAAGUUUCAAAGAGAAGGAAACGGUGAACCGAACAAGUCUACAACUGGACAAAUCGGAUGCUGUGAAUUGGGGUGCGAGAAAGGUCAGCUGGUGUUGCGAGAGGUGGUGUUUUACUAUCUCUGCAAAUGUUAAACACUGAGAUAACUGAGAUAGGGUUCCAAAUUAAUUCAAGAGUGGCGCGUAAGGGGAAAGGAUGAGGGAAAGGGAGAGGGGCGUCAUAUCAAGGUGUUGAUCAGCUACCAAAAAAUAAAAUGUUCUGUUAAAUUGUUGGAAACUGAUCCCCCCCCCCCCCCCCCCCCUUUAAUACAAAUUGUCUACUUUGCAUAUUGCGUUUCAAAUUUCAGAAGGUUUUUUUAAUGUGUUACUCAAUCACAAAAUUAUCAAGAAAAGAUGAAAAGAAGUGAAAGAAAAACGUACUGUUUUACUGUUUUAUUUUUCACUUAAAAAACAAAAACAACAACAACAACAAGGGAAUCUAAUCUUUUAUGCCGGUGGUAAAGGGGUUAGAAGUAACAUUUUGGCAAACCCUUGUUAGUUUACUCUUCGAAUGUAUAAACAGCUACCGAUGUGAAAAUAGCAUUAUCGUCAAAAGUGUAACUUACAGAUUCAUUUUUUAAAACUUGUCCAUUCCUUUCUUAUCGCUUGAACUACUUUCGAAAGCCUGUCGCCACAAAACCGUUGUCUCGCACUCGGACCCUUUACAAGGCCCUUGAAACAAAACAAAUGACGUCUACUCUGUUGGCUUUUUGUCUUAUGUAUUUGUUUGUUUUUGUUGUUGUUGUUUUUUUCAUUGUGUGCCUUCGACGUUUUAAACAAGGAAUGAUCACCUGAGUUUGUUGAACAUGCAAAAUUGCCAGAAAACAGUGACAUUUUCAAUCAGCUUAUAUAUGAAAAUAAAAACUUGAUCAGACAGACGGACAGACCGACAGACAGACACACACACUGACACGCAGUCAGACACAUAGACAGACACACAGACAGAUACCUAGAUACAUAGUUAGUGUAACCAAAAAAAAGUAAUAAAUAUCAUUUCGAUGACUUUCUAGGCCUAAUCCAAACUAAUUAACAAAUGCCAAAUCGACUGUUGGUGAAUUGACAUUAACACACCUCUUCCCAUAGAAAUAUGCACCUUUCUGCAUGUGAAUUCGUUGUUGCUUACGACACGAUCCGGAAUAUGCAUUGUUAUUGCAGUCAGUUUUGUAGCUUGGUUUUGUUCUUCUGUUUUUGUGAAUAGCAGGCAUUGUUUUUGUUGUUUCUCCACAGGCAUAUUAUAAAUAGCCUGUGUUUUGUCUCUUAAGUAACCUCACGCAUUCCUGGACUAUUCCCAAUAAUUAUGUGAUUGUAAACAUUGUUACUCCCUCAUUGGUACCAUUGAGAUCAUUUCAGAGACAGGUUUUCCUAGCAUUUGAAUCAUUUACUUUCAUUUAAAGAGUAGGGUUCUUAAUAGGUUUCUCCAACUGUGUUCACUGACCAAAGCUGGUGCAAGUUGGGUAGGCUACCACCUUUUAAAAACUAGUUACACUAUUAGUCAUAUCACGUGUAUUUUCAUUGUUUUUCAGUUUGUUGUGUUAUGUAAUUUGGAAACUAAUCAUUUUUAUUAAAGAAUAGGUUAUCGACUUCAUGAUUAUAAGAAAUUGCUGAGAGUCUCUAAAAUAAGGAACAGCUAGGGAAUAUUUAAACCUGUUACUUGAGUUGGUAUACCAUAUAUUAUAUUUAUAAGUGAUAUAAUUGACGUAGGUCUUGAGGCCUCAUCUAGUUUAUAUCCGUCACAAUGCAUCUGCAAGAUUCAAAAUUAGCAUUAAGUAGGCAUAUGCAUGUGUUUAGCGGCUGAUUGAAGGUGUGGCUGCAUGAUAGGCUCUACUCUUUUACUCUCCGUCUCUGUUGUUUCUGUCUACCAAACUUACUUCUUCCCAGCACUAAAUGACCUUUUUGAGUCGAUGUGCUAAUCUUCACUCAAAAACUCGUUGGUAUUUUUACUUUCAUUCCUUACUUCUUCUGUCUGUCCUUUCCUGCAUAAAGAGUGUUCCACUUCCUCUACAACUACUACGAUUAGUAAUGUUUUCCGUAUGUCUCGUCACUCUUUGCUCCAUCAUUUAACAAUUGCACAAUGGUAAUUAUUUAAAUAAUAUUACUAUAAAAUAUAUUAUGUUGUAAUAAUGCCAGAAAGGUUAGUUUUUUGUCAAUGUUAUACUACAUGCAAAACGCCUAUACCGGUUUGUCACAAUUAUGUUCAUGGAUAAUUUAUAUUAUAAUCAUUAACAUCAUCGCGGCCGUAUGCUUAAUGUAAAUAAAGCGUAUCAUUAUUUGUGGCUGAU